ACGCACUCUCGCAGUUUAAACUUACCGGUUCCGGGGCUACAGGAAACCUACAGUUGCUGCUCGAAGCCGAUGUUUGGAAAUGCCGAAGUUUUACUGUGAUUACUGUGAUACGUAUUUAACGCAUGACUCGCCGUCUGUAAGAAAGACUCACUGCAGCGGUCGAAAGCACAAGGAGAAUGUGAAGGACUACUACCAGAAAUGGAUGGAGGAGCAAGCGCAGAGCCUCAUUGACAAAACAACUGCUGCCUUCCAGCAGGGCAAGAUCCCGCCCUCUCCCUUCCCCGGAGCUCCACCCCCUGGUGGCGCCAUGAUCCCACCACCUCCCAACAUGAAUGGCCCUCCCCGCCCUGGGAUGAUGCAGGCGCCCCCUAUGGGUGGUCCUCCAAUGAUGCCGAUGAUGGGACCCCCGCCCCCCGGCAUGAUGUCCGUUGGUCCAGACUCUAGAAAAGAACAGCUGAUCCGAAUUGGACCAGACUGUCGAAUCUUCCCGCGCUUUCACAUGGAGUCAGGGAUGCGGCCUCCGAUGGGCGGGCCGAUGCAAAUGAUGCAAGGACCACCCAUGAUGCGACCGCCCUCUCGACCCAUGAUGGUGCCCUCCAGACCCGGCAUGGCAAGGCCUGACAGAUAAACAGGCUGGAGCAGAACAUUCCAACACGUUGCCCUUGCCCUUGCCCUCGCCGUCUUACACUGACUCUACCACUGGCUAGCUGUUUGUCCACAAAAUGAUAGCAGAUAUUCACUGACGCUGGUUUAGUCCAGUUUGGCAUAAAGGGUUCAGACAGCAAACCAGUUACCCCCCUUCAAUAGAGAAUAACAAAUAUCCAUCCACAGUGUGUAUUAAAUCCUCUCCCCACUGUUCAGUCAGUUACCCCAGAGCAAGUGCAAUCCGAUAAUGACAACUUGCAAGUAAUGUGGAAAUUUGGGAUGGACUCUUAUUGGCUCUGAUCCAAAGAGCUGCUAAUAUCUAGUGAUCAUCUUUUGUGCUUCCCCUAACUGUUAUUAUUUUAAUUUUUUUUCAAAGCCCACCAUGCACUAUCUGAAUUCUAGUGUCACAAAUUAAUUCUGGUGCACGUAAUGGAGCUUAUUGUGUGCAAACUAUUCUCAGAUGCCAAACAUGUGACUGAUGGUAUUCACCAAGAAAUAAGCCAACAGCACUCUUGCCAUCUGCAGUAAACUGAGUGCAUGUUUGUGCACCACGUUUAACUUGGUUUGCAUGAAAAACAAAACUCUUCUGCAUAUGAUUUGUAUGCUAUAGUAAAGCCAAACUCCACACCUGUGGCCGUGUGACACAACAACAAAAUAAGUGUGCUUGUGUGUUUCUGAGUUGGCAUAAUGCUACAGAUUGUGCUGAUUCUUGUCCUCCUGAAAGAUCCGUCUCCUCGCUGACGAGCAGCGGACGUUUGUGCAGUUUCUUGUGUGGUUUGCGUGCGUAGUGUAUGGUGGGCUUUUUUGGUGUAGUUGUUUUUACAGGUUGUAAAACCCACCAGCUCGUGCUUGUUUAAAUCUGGGUUUCAUUCAUUUUAUAGAACAUUUUAAAAUGUAUGCUUUGUUUUGUAGGUUUUUUGUUCUGUAAGUUGAAGUUGUGGAUUUUUGAAUUAAAUAAAAUUCCAAGGUUCA